AUGCAGUUACAAUUGCAACCAGAUUCAUCAAUUACUCGAUUGCCAGAGUCAGAUUCACCUUAUGCAAUAAUAGGUGAUUCCUGUUCAGCCUACACAUAUAAAGGUAUAAUAUUAGAAACAAACUAUAUAUAAUUUUAUAUAAUUAAAAUAAAUUUAUUAGAGAUAUUUACGCACAUGCAAUAAACGGAUGAAAUAAAGAUUUCAUUUUAAUGCGGAUGAAGCGUAUAUAGCUAUAUAUUUUAUAACCGUUGCAAAGAAAAAAACAAUAAGAAAACUGUUUAGUUUAUAUAAGGCUUGAAUAUUUCAUUUCCAUGUUUUGUUUCGCAUGCACUAAUAAGCCAUAUUAAAUGUACGCUCUCACCAACGUCUAUUUAUAAUUUAUUAUUAGUUAGUUACAUGUAUCAAUUGUGCUAUAUCCGUGCAAUUAUUCAUUCUUUGGUAACUAUAAAUUACUAAUUAUAAUUAGCAUUAAUAUAUGAAAAGUGUAAUAUAUAAGAACUCAGACUGCCAGUGCAUGCAGUAUUACAGUCACAGCUUAGCCAAUAAGGCAAUCUGAGUGUAUCUUGUAACUCGUGUGUCAUGUAUUACGAUUAAUGUACCAAUGUUCUCACCAGUUUUUUCAGCAAGAUGUUAAAUGGAAAUUGUUGUGUUGUGAAAGAUCAAUUGUGAUGGAACAGUCUGCAUGCAAAAAUCACUCCCAUACCUGUAAUUCUCUUAUAUCAAAAUUUGGAAUUAAAUUAUUCUAGGUCUUUUGGAUGAAGGAGAAAGUUUAACAGAACUGUUACUGCAGUUAGAGACAUUCUUCGAAAAUGAUAUUUAUGCUGCACUUUUGAUACUUGGUGGAGUUGCAAUGUCCUUCCAUUUUCAGUUGUUACAUAAUUCUAUCGGUGGAGUACCACCAACGCUUGCCAUUGGUGAUCCAGUUUCAGGAAAAUCAACCGCAGUCGAAGCUGCCAUGGCUAUAUUUGAUCAACGAGAUUCCAUUGGAG